AUGUCAGCUCAACGCCAGGCCUCAUCCGCCUCCCAGACCCCUCACCUCUCCCCCGCAGAACUUUCCUACCUCUACACCUCUCUCGCGCUCCCCGACAGCCCCAUCCGCCCAGACGGCCGCUCAUCCACACAAUUCCGGCCCCUGAGCGCGGAGACAGACAUUCUUCCCGGCACAAAUGGCAGCGCGCGUGUCGGCUUCGCAGACGGCACACAGGCGAUCGUCGGCGUGAAAGCCGAGGUCGAGAAGACGGUCAUCCCGACGGAGGCGCUGAGGGUCUCGGUCUCGCAGUUGUCUCGGGGCGAUGAUGGCGCGGAGGACAAGGACGGGGCGGGCGCUGCAGGCGGCCAUGAGUCAUGGGUGCAGAUGUCCAUUGAGAUUCCCGGGUUUCGGGAUGAUGAUGCCUUGCCUGUUUUUCUGUCGGAGAUGAUGCGCGAGCCGCUCAUUGAGAGUGUCUCAAGUGGGCAGGGCGGGGACGCGGAGAUGGCUGGAGGGUUGAAGGGGAGGUUGGUGAUUAAUCGACGCUGGCAUUGGAGGUUAUAUAUCGAUGUUCUGCUUCUCUCUCAGCCUCUGUCCUACCCACUUCCUCUGCUUUCUCUCACGACACAUCUGGCGCUUCUGUCGACGAGGCUGCCCAAGCUUAAGUCGCAGGGCGAGGAGGAUCCCUUCUUCGACGAUGACUGGAACGCAGCGGAAUACCUCUAUCCGCGCUCGGGUACUGGGAGUGGUGUGAAGGAUGCCUCUGUGCCCUCACCUCUACAGUAUGUUCGGCCUCCGGUGACGCUUCUGGUGAUCUCCGUGGGUGAUAAUAUCAUCUUCGAUCCCAACAGAGAGGAGAUUGCCGUUGCGGACGCCGUGAUGGCAUUGUCGGUCACGCGCGAUGGAGAGACCGGGGGUUUGAAACUGCUGUCUAUUCGUACGGUGGAUCCGCCGUCCCGCUUGACGCAGCCUGGUGUGCCCAAUUCGGAGAAUGUCGCUACGUUAGGUUCUACCGUGGCUGCGGAGGAAGCGGCGAUUGUCAACCCAUCGACCGGCGAAGAAGAAGUCCCUGGAGUCUGGAGACCUCGUCGUGGUGGAGUUAAGAGGGGCACAGUCGCACGCAUGGUGAAGAUGGUGCUGGAGAAGGGCGGCGUGGGCGAAGAUGUAUUAGAGGGGCUCGAAGGCGUCUCCGUUGGUUGA